GGAAAACGAAAAUACAUAAGGUGACUCUGUCCGCCGCGAGGAGGGUGCCUGGCCUGAUUUCUCUUUGCUUCUUCUGCCUUUCCUGCUUCGGAACAAAACCCUAUCACAAACCUCUGCCCCAGACAACCAGGUUAUUCUCACUGCAGAAAAAAGUCACAAAUCUCGGGUGUCUGCAGCGUGAAGCGCACCAACAGUUUAUAUACCUCACACAUCUGUUUUUUCGAUCUGACAUUUUUGCGGCAGUGCCCAAAGGGGAAAGACAAAACAGAAUCAAGAGAGGAAAGAAUCAUAAUUUAGAAAAAACCAGCAAAUCAUUUUUUUUUUUUUUAAAGAAAAACUCUCCAUACCCAAUACAGAUAGCCAACAAUUGUCUGCCAUACAAGCUGGCGGUUUCAAGUACCGACGAUGGUUCUCCCGCUUUCCAGGUCAUCGUGCUAGUGAGUAAUCUUCGAAAUCUUGUCCUUCACCCUGUAUGGAUCUGUAAGUCUUUUCAUCCAACAUCAAUUCUAACUGUAGCCGUUACCGGGUAUCUGCAGGGAUCUGCGGGGGGCCCAAGCGAGGGAAAUGUCUCUGGAUACCUUAUUCGAUCCACUGCAACAGCUUGGGCGAAAGGUUCAAUACUCGCUGUGGAUGCGGGGACCCAUAUGGCUGGGAUCAUACGGAUCCUUGAAGAGCAUUCCUCCCGGUCAUCUUUUACAAAGGAGCCCAUUGCGUCAGUCUCUGAGAAUGCUUCUGGAAAUGGGUCGAUAACGAAGAGGCCAUUUCCCUUUUGUGGGGCAAACCUCCCAUAUGAUACACCUCGUGGUAAUGCAGCAUAUGUCACUCGAGAACUUGUCUCCACUUACUUGAUAACCCAUCCGCAUUUGGACCAUCUUUCCGGAUUUGUUAUCAACACGGCAUGUUUCACUCAAACGGAGUGUCCGAAGCGUUUAGCUGCCCUUCCCUCGACUAUAGAGGCCAUCAAAACUCAUAUAUUCAACGAUAUCAUUUGGCCGAAUUUAUCUGAUGAGGAGUGCGGUGUUGGCCUGGUCACUUACCAACGCUUACCGGAGGCUGCCUUGGAGUAUGUGGAGGUUUGCAGUGGUUUGAGUGCGCAGGCGUGGCCGGUUUCUCAUGGACAUUGCAUGAAGAGUCACUACCAUCGGGGGAGUCAGACUUAUCAGGGAAAGGAUGGUGCGACAGCAGAUGGAAGCCCGGGCGGUUCUCGAAAGAGGAUGUGUGUAUAUGAUUCGACGGUGUACUUUAUUCGAGAUGAUGCAACAGGGAGGGAGGUAAUGAUGUGGGGAGACGUUGAGCCUGAUUCGAUAUCGUUAUCGCCAAGGAACCACCCUGCUUGGAAUCAUGCGGCUGCAAAGUUCCAUAGCGGAUUACUUAACACAAUUUUCAUUGAGUGCAGCUACGAUUGUAAUCAACCCGAUGAAGCCCUGUAUGGGCAUCUAUCCCCACCGCACCUGAUGGAUGAAAUGAGGUCCUUAGCGAGGCUAGUUGUGAGCUUGAGGAGAGCGGAUGAAGUCGAUAGGCGGGCGAGGCUGAAGCGAAAGCGGAUGAGUUAUGGCUACCACAAUGAUGACCCGGAGAUCAUGGCGCGGAGGAUUGAAAACCCGAAUGCCCCAUCCAAGAUCCUGGAGGAAUCACAGCGUUACCAUGGACCUGGCGCUCAAGAAGAUGAAGUAAAUGGAAUCCACGGGAACAGCCGCUGGAACAAAAAUUACUUGGAGGUUGAUUCUAAGCACAGCUUUGAUAGAUUUUCGCCGGAAAUUUCGCCUAGGGCUGUGGAUCCUAAGCCUGCUGACUUUUUCGACACGAUAAAUGUGGCUGUAGGCCAACGUACGCCUGAGGAAAGGGCUCCCAAAGGGGAUGAGGGGGAUGAGACAUUUGAUCUAGGACCUACUCCGCUUCGAGGUUUACAUUUGGUUAUCACGCACACCAAGGAUACCCUAUUAGACGAUGUCAACGUCCCUGAGGAUAUUCUCCGGAGCAUCCAAGGACUUGAGGCCGUUCAACAACUCGGUGUUACCUUUUCUUUGAGCGAGCAGGGACGAUCUUUGUAUUUUUAGGCCCGACGGGCGAGGGGUUGUCUGUUUUUCGUGGAAAAUAGGCCUCGUGAUGGCCGUAUUGGUUCGGGUUGUGCAUUCUUGGUGUUUGCUGGUUGGGUUGCAUUUUUACGGGUUCCGGCCUAAGAGUGGCUUUUCAUUUCUAUCCCUGGGUUUAGCGGGCUGUUCGCACUGGAUGGCCUUUCCCCUUUCUUUCCUACUGGUCUCAACUGGCGUUGCUUUACGGUGUGGCUUUUUUCUUAUUUUUCCUGUUACGGGGGAUGCCGGGUUUGCUCUUCUUUUUCUCUCUCUUCCUUUUGAAAUCUCCCCCAUUUUCUCUCUCCUUCUUGGGCCAUGAUUUUGUGGGUUACCUCUUGUCGAACCUUGGUUCUCGUUCAUGAGACGUUAGUGAUUUCCUGCUUUUUCGGACUCAGAUUGGGGCGGCCGACGAAGAUACCCUCUCUUUAUUUUUUCUCACUUCACGUUUUUCCUCCAUACCCUGAUUUUAAAGUGAGCCCCUGUCCGACCGAAGAUGUCACAUGGUGUGUGCCUGGCUUCCUCUGUGCCUGUUUCUAUUAAAGGGAGAGGAAUUGUAACAUAU